CCCUCCCCUGAUUGGUGGGCGUAAUUGACCGUUCAGUGACUGCAACUUGGUCUGGCAAUAUAGUGGUGUGAGCCUGGCAGGCGGCAGGUAAGCGAGGCGACGGCUGCGCUUUCGGGGAUGUAAUGGAUUGAAAUGACCUGCUGUAAAAAAUACAAAAAAUCAAAAAAACAAAAACAAAAUAAUGUUUAAACUGUACCAAGCAAUUGGGGGAACUGGAUGAAUAAUUCCCAGCUUUUUACAGUCUAACCAGACAACCAGUACAACGGUCUUACUGAAAACGCCUUGGACAUUCAAUCUUCGUUCUACAAUGGCCCAGUCAAUACAUAUCAAUCAGAACCUCCCAGAUUUAGGAGGCCCCUUUCUGUAUCAGGACCAGGAUGAGAAGUCCUCAUAUUCUGUGGAAACUCCAUACGGUUUCCAGUUGGACUUGGAUUUCUUGAAAUAUGUUGAUGAUAUUCAAAGUGGUCAGACUUUAAAGAAGGUGUCUGCCAACCGUAAACCAAGGGUGCCACGCCUGUCCACGUCAUCAUUAAGAAGCCCAUCAUGCCACACUGGUGGGUGGACAUCGACAGAGUCUCUUACCUCCAGUGAGGACGGGAGAUUAGGUUCUGUAUUCUUCCAAAGAGUUAGAACACAAUCUGGCUCCUCUGAUAUUAAGGAACCUUUGAGUUUGCAAAAAUCCAAUCCAGUUUCUCCUACACCCACGAUUAACCUCUUGCCCCCUCCCUCACCAAAAUCACUCUUAAGGAACCACCGUGUUGAGAAGACGCUGGUAGAGACCAGCAAGAGACUUGAACAAGAACAACUAAUUUCCUCUCUAGAUGUGCAGGGAAGGUCCUGCCCAUCUUCAAAUCUCUCCAAGCUUAGUGUUGCUAGCACAAGUUCACCAAAUCUUUCUCAACAAAGCAGGAGUGGUGAACGCCAUGGCAUUCUGAGCCCAAGCUUCUCAGGAUCCAUAAGAAUCAGCCCAGUAAAUUCUGGUAGAAGUACUCCUGCUGCAAGCAUUUCAUCCACUCAUUUACAGUUUGUUCGAGAACAAAUGGCUGCUGCUCUGAGGCAGCUAAAAGAUCUAGAAGAGCAAGUAAAAGCCAUUCCGGUGUUGGAGAUGAAGAUUUCUACCCUAGAGAGAGAAAAACAACAGCUUCUUGCUGAUCUGGAGAAGAGACAUGAAGUAGGAAUUGGGGGACACUUUAAUGUUGUUAAUUUUGAGGAAGCUGACUCAGACAAAAACCUAGACAAUAUUUCUGAGCAACAAAUGGAGAUUGAUGGUGGCAAGACUAGACCAAGUAAAAUAGCAGAGCUGAAACGGCUUACAGAAAAGCUAAGUGUUACAGAAAGAAAUGCAAAGAACACUAAGUGUGGAACUGACCAAACAUUUUCAAAUCCCCCAAAAGUGAUGGAAAGGCGGUGGAAAUCAAUAGGUGUUGGGGAGGAGCGAGACAUCAAUGAUGUUGUUUUUUACUAUAAGUCAGAGAAAGAAAUCCAAGAAGUUGCUGUUGGUUGUCAAAUAGAAACGCAUGAUGUUGGGGUGUGGGUGAUGGAAUCUUUGUUAGGACUAACUUGUGAGGCAGAGAAGGAGAUUGAAUUGCUUCAGCACACAAUAGAUCAUCAAAAAGGAGUCAUCUGUAUUUUAGAAGGACACCUGAAAAAUGCAACACAUGAACUCGAAGAGUUGAGAGUGGCUGUUUGCUCCAGAACUAGAAAAAACAUGAUGGACAAACAGGUUACAGCCCAACCACAAACACAGGAAGCGUAUUCAGAAACAAAGGUGACAAUGCUGAGCCAGGCUUCUGGAGAAAAUGUAAAAAUGAUUGAUGUAGGAGUUAACUGUUCUUUUGACAUAUCUGUCACUGGAUUGAGCUGCCUUUCACAAGCAGGAGAUGUUGCAGCGAGCACAGAAUUUAUGUUAGGAUAUCAAGAGAAAAGUACUUGGGAUAAUUUGGAAGGAACUUCUGAAGCACAUUCCAAUUUGAUAGCCACUGCAAUAGAAACUAUAAAUCAGCCAAUGCUUGACAUGAUUUCAAAACCGAAAUGUAAAAGGACUUUGUUGGCAGAAGAAAAGGUUGGUGUUGCUAACAAUAGCCAGGAUAUCGUGAAGCAUGUUGAGACGUGUGAUAAGGCUCAGGAUAGAAUUACAGUGGAAGAAAAUGUCAUAGCUGUAGGCUCAUCCAUCCAAGUGGAAGAUGAACAGUGUAUAAUUAAGCAGGAUUCUGCUAAAGUGUCAGAGAAGAGUGCAAGUCAGAAUGAAGAGGUUGUAGAUGGGAGUAGGGGCCUGGCCAGUUUGGUAAAACAUGGUACACUGAAAUCUAUCAUGAAAAACAAGGAUGGCGCAUCCCAAAGUCAGAUAAACAGAGAGAAAAAAAGUCUACAGUUUGUUGGCAUUCUAAAUGGAGAAUACGAGAGUACGUCAAGUGAAGAUUCCAGUGACAAUGAAGGGGGUAGCUCAUCUGACAAAGUAUAUGAAGAUAGUUCAGACAGUGAGGAAAUGAUGUAUGUUGAAACAUCUGAGGAAGAAAUGAAUGUGAAUGUGGAUGACAAUGAUCUUGAUGUAGAAAACUGUGCGGAGAAAGAGAUGACAAAAGAGGGGAAAGAGAAGAACAAGAGAGAACAAGAUAAAAACCCAUCCCAUAAGGACACCAAGGAGAACAUAGGUCUAAGUGUGAAGAUAAGAGAAGCCUCCACGGUUGUUAAUGCGAAUUUACCGAACUCCAGUCCCAUGAAAUCCAAAGAGGUUCUUUCCAGCUAUCAUUUGGUCCAACAAGAAUGGUUCAGAGUAUCCAGCCAGAAAUCAUCUGUGGCUGAAAAAGUGUCCUCCUAUCUGCAGGCUUUCCAUGAUCUCUCAAAAGAGAUGCUCAGCCAUGUGGUAAACCUCACAGAUGGAAAUGGGAAUACAGCCCUUCACUACAGUGUUUCCCACUCAAACUUCUGUAUCGUUCAGCUGCUGCUUGAAACUGGAGUCUGUAAUGUUGAUCGUCAGAAUAAGGCAGGAUACACGGCCAUAAUGUUAGCGGCUCUGGCAGCUGUGGAAAAGCAAGAGGACAUGGAAAUUGUUUCUCGGCUGUUCAGUCUGGGAAAUGUCAAUGCCAAAGCAAGCCAGGCUGGUCAGACAGCACUGAUGCUAGCAGUGAGCCACGGAAGGCAGGAAAUGGUACAAGAAUUACUUUCAAGUGGAGCCGAUGUAAACCUUCAGGAUGAUGAGGGAUCGACAGCACUGAUGUGUGCCAGUGAACAUGGGCGCUCAGAGAUUGUGAAAUUGUUAUUAGCACAAGCUGGAUGUGAUGUUACCAUUACUGAUAAUGAUGGGAGUAAUGCAUUGUCUAUAGCUCUGGAGGCUGGACAGAAUGAAAUUGCCAUGUUACUCUAUGCACAUAUGAAUUUCUCCAAGCCACAAUCACUGGAUUCAGACGUGACGGCAUUGAGUAAAUCCGCAAGUAUGCCUGUGAAGUCGGAAUAGAAAAUGUGAAACUGGAAUAUUUAAUGUCUUUUUUACAGCACAAAUAAAUUUUGUAUUCUAUGUAUCUCUUGUUAUAGAACAAAGCACAUUAUACAACAUCCAUUUAGAGAACAAUACCACUAAUACUCACUUCUACAAUGUACUUUUUUAGUAUGUAGGCAAGGCCAGCUUUAAUCAUGUUUGCUUUCAUGUUGAAAAGGGCUGAAGACCAUGUUGUACCUGUAUCUGAGAGACAACACGUAUUAAAUUGGCAGCAUUUGAAAGUACAA